ACCAACGAUUAGAUCGGUUAAAGGACAGUCACCUUUGUUGACUUGACUGAAUAAAUGAUAUUUUUGUUUACAUUGACAUGUCAUGAAUCUGGUAAGAGUCCUGGUAUAGAUGAUACAAGUUUCUACAGUUCAUUUGAUCAAUUUGGUUUUGAUUAAAUCGUGUAUGUUGUUCAUUCAACAUUUUAGAUCACACCCAGUGAUCUAUCAUCAAGAAGAGGAAAAGUUCAGAUUUCAGUAAAGACCAUCUACCUUCCUUUCAUACAGAAGAAGCAGCAGGAGAAGAAAAAAUUAAAUUGUGUAUAUUUCUCAUUCAAUAUUGCAGAUCACACCCAACAAUCCAUCAUCAGAAGAAGAGUCCUGAUCUCAAUAAGGACCAUCUACCUUCUUCUAACACAGAAGAGGCAGCAGGAAAAGGAGGGGGGAAGAAUGGUGGUGGGAAGCAUCAGGCAUGAAAUAGAGUCUGCAGUGGAAGCCAAGAGACUGUGGAAUGCCUUUGUGAAGGAUGGCCAUAAUCUCUUGCCAAAGCAGAUACCAGAGUUAUUCUCAAGCAUCACCUUACUCCAAGGUGAGGGAGGUGUGGGCACCAUCAAGAAAAUCAACUUCACCCCUGUCAACAAGGAUUUCAGCUAUGUAAAGGAGCGUGUGGAGGAGUUGGACGAGGAGAAUUUUGUAUACCGUUCUACCCAUGUGGAGGGAGGAACACUGGGAAAGAAACUGGCUUCUGCUUCAUAUGAGUUCAAAUACACCCCCAAAGCAGAGGGAGGAUGCCUUUGCAGCUCUGUGUUCCACUAUGACAGCCUGCCUGGUGUUAUGCAAAAUGAAUCCAAAGUGCAGGAGAUUAAGUGCGCAGGCACUGCUCUCUUCAAGAAGAUUGAAUCAUAUCUUCUUGCCAAUCCUACUAUGUACUGUUAGCCAGCGAAUUGUCCAUGCAGGAAUCAGAAUGCACCGUUAGCCCAUGCCCUGUAAAAUUUGUUGGUUAGUAAUCUAUGCAUUGGCUACAAUUCACCUUUUGGGCCAUAUUAUGAGUAGUUAGGUUUUUUUUUGUAUUGGGUUUCAAUUGGGAAUUUUCCACUUUGCAUAGAAAUAGAAAAGGACUUCUUGAUUUUCUUUGUGUUCACUGGUUUUCUUGCUUUUCAAUCAUGGCUAUUAAAUGGAAUGUAAGAGGGCUCAGCAACAGACACAUACAGAAAGUUGUCACAAGACUGAUUAAAGACCUUAUAACUGUGUUACUAAUUCAAGAGAUUAAGUGCACAGGCACUGCUCUCUUCAAGAAGAUUGAAGCAUAUCUUUUUGUGAAUCCAACUAUGUAUUAUUAGACAACAAAUUGUCUAUGCAGAGAUCAGAAUGUACCAUCAUCCUUAGCCGGUGCCUUGUAACAUUUGUGGGUUAGUAAUCUGUGCAUUGGCUACAAUUCAGCUUUUGGGCCAUAUUAUGAGUAGUUAGGUUCCCUUGUAUUGGGUUUCAAUUGGGAAUUUACCACUUUGCAUAGAAAUAUAAAAGGACCAUAUUGAUUUUC